GUGCAGAGGUGUGCUGGGUGAACAUGAUUAUUGUAGUUUUAGACUAAAUGUGAGUGUACAAAAAUGUACACAAUUUUCUUUUCUUUUUUUUUUUGUCCAUCUCUCAGAUGGUAGAACACUUCACUGCCACCCCUUGAAGGCCAGUAUGUGCCCACAGCUGCCAGCCUUCCUGCCGCUUUGUUUCCAUGCCAACACUAAAGGCUCUCAGAUCGUGAUGGACAAAACACAGCGCAGUGUGCACCGAAUUGCCAGCUUCUGUAAUGCUAUCACCUUCACCAACCGGCCAAUCAGAAUCAAUGAACAGGUCCGGCUGAAGAUCACAAAGAAACAGGGAUGUUGGAGUGGUGCCCUGCGAGUGGGUUUCAGUACAGUGGACCCGUCUGACUUAAGUUCAGCGUGGCUGCCACGGUUCGCAUGCCCAGAUCUGGUCAACGAGACGGGAUUUUGGGCCCGAGCACUUCCUGAGGAACAAUGUGAAGAAGGAACUAUUCUGUCCUUCUGGUUAGAUAACACAGGACGAGUGUUUUACCGGGUUAAUGGCAGCUCUCCGAUCUUCUUCUUCAUUGGUGUCCCAACCGGAGAGCCAGUAUGGGCAAUCAUUGACAUUUACGGGCUGACACGUGGAGUACAGCUACUUGACAGCAAGAUGGUGCCAGCUGAAUAUCUCUGUCCUGAUUUGACUCAUGAAGGGAUGAAUGACUGGCAUCUCUCAAGCAACUGCUCUGAGCUUGACCUCCAGGACGGUCGGCCAUCAUUCUCAAGCUCUCCAAAUGCCCUCAACUCAGUGCUGUCACAUCAGCUUGACGAUGACUUGCAUUUUCACUGUGUCCAUGGCAACGGUCUGCGUCUGCUGACUGAACAUAUAGCGGUCCGUUAUUACAAGAGACUUGAGGAUUGUGCUCUGGUGUUCACGCAUCGACCGUUGCUCUGUGGAGAGUGUGUGUUCCUAAAGGUGUUGUUGAAGUCAUCUGCCCUGAAUGGAUAUUUGUCUUACGGAUUCACUUCCUGUAACCCAGCCUAUUUGAACCCAAAGCACCUGCCGGUCAAUCCAGAUGACCUGCUGGACCGCAAAGAAUUCUGGGCUUUUAGCUGUCUGACUUCACCGCUUGUGGGCGGGGAUAUCAUCGGUUUGCGGGCAACUGCAGAAGGGGAGGUGCUUGUGAGUCAUAAUGGAGGGAGAGCCUGUAGAGAGAUGUGUGUGGAUAAUUCCACUCCUCUGUGGAUAAUCUUCGAUUUACAGACACACAUCAAGCAAGUCAGCAUACUGGGCACUUCAUGCGGUUACACUCCAUCCUGUUCAGAAAUACAGAGGUCCAUCUUUAGUGAUGCCAGUCACCAUUCAGCCAAUCAGAGACACAGUACAGCAGUCAGGGGCUUUACUGAUAUCUUUCAGCUCCACCCACAGAGCAUCAGCAGUUCUGCAGGCACAACAUUCAGUUCACUGUCCUCAGAAUCUUCUAAUAACCCAUCAUGCUAUGCGAUUACUGGUGAGGAGUGUUUCAUUUGCUGUGAGAGGACAGUGGACUCAGUGCUGUACACGUGUGGACACAUGUGCGUGUGCUCUGUGUGUGGUGGGAAGCUAACGGAGAUGUCAAACCCGUCUUGCCCCAUGUGUCGCAGCCCAAUUAGAGACAUCAUCAAAAUUUACCGCAGCCUGUAAACUGGCAACAAACAGGAUCCCAGUACCUGGAUGGUUCUGAAGAGUCCCUUCACAGGUCAUUGUCCUGUUUGAAAAGAAUUUCCUUCGUCCAUUUAAAAGGCUGUGUGUUUGACCUCAGUAAGGAAGAGGCACUAAAUGACUGCUUAAUUUACUAAAUGUCUGACCAAAAGUGCAGAGAAAACCCAGAACUGACUGUGCAUAUGCAAAUGACACAACAUUAAAAAUGUCAUUAAUAUAAUCCCAAAUUCUAUAAAUCUCUGCUGAUUUAUGGAUAGAUGUGUAAAAUCAAGCUACUAUGAAACUAAUUCUGAUUUUCAGUUUGAUAAUUUUCUAGUAAUUUCAUACAAAACUGUUCACAUGUUAUUUUUUCAGUGUUUGUUUCCCCACCAACAAUUCAUAUUUAUCAGAAAAUAAAUAUUUAUUUUCCUUGUAUACCUUAAAUCAAUCCGGAAUCAGAAUAUACGAACUGCAUUAUGGAUUUGAUCUGUUGCUAAUUAUUUUAUUUUUUUCUGCAAAACAAAAUGAAAAACUGAAAAAAUGUUUUACAUACCAAAGUUGACAUUCACAAUAUUGUUAGUGCCAAUAACUUUUAUCUAUGUUCAUUGUGGAAUAAAACUGUUAUUGUAAUGAUAUCCAACAACAAAGUCUGUUGUUAUUAUUUAUUGUUACUGUGAAAAUAUAUAUAAUGGCAACACUUUAUUAACAUUAGUUAACUACAAGAACAUGAAUUAAGAAUGAACAAUACUUCUACAGCAUUUAUGAAUCUUAGUUAAUGUUAAUAUUAACAUUUACUAAUACCUUAUUAAAAUAAAAAAUUAUAUUUGUUAACAUUAGUUAAUGCACUGUGAACUAUUGUGAACUAUUGUGAACAAACAAUGGUUAUAUUUUUUAUUUUGUAACUAAUGUUAACAAAAGAUGAAUUGAUACUGUUGCUCAUUGUUAGUUGAUGUUAGUUAAUGCAUUAACUAAUGUUAACAAAUUAAACUUUUUUGUAAAGUGUUACCAAUAUAAUUAUAGAAUAACUUAUUUUUGUUUAGAUUUUUAUGUUGUGGGACUGUUUUUAUAUUAAGCAUUUGUAAUCUGUAUGCACACGUUUACCUUGUUUUUUUAUGAAUAAUGCAGUGAUUGACUACUUACUGACUGAUUAUCAUUAUGAUUAUGAUUAUGAUCACUUCCACCUGGAACACUUCCUAUAACACCAGAUGUACUCGUUACAUCAGAAGAAGAAUGGCAUCUACGCUAAUAUUAGUUUCUCUGUUUAUCCCGAGGUUUACGAUAGUCAGCCGGAUCCGGACCGUAUCCAGGUGAGAUCGAGGACCUGCACCUUGACACGACCACGACGCAGCCCUGAAGUGUCAGAAGAGAUUGAGUCAACUAGAUCAUCCACUUGUGAAGGCCUCAUCGACACAACA